CAAAGCCUCCCAGAGUUUUCUAGCAUCCAGAGAACAGUGUUCUGUCUGGAGCUUAAACUGCAGGAGCAUAGCCAUGGCGCUCUGGAGUCUGGUGCUGGGAGCUCUGCUGGUGGUCAUUGUGGGGUACCUAUUCCUGCCAGGACUUCUCCGACAACACAGGCCCCAGGAGCCCCCUCUGGACAAGGGCACCGUGCCCUGGCUGGGCCAUGCCAUGGCUUUCCGGAAGAAUAUGUUUGAAUUCCUGAAGCGCAUGCAGACCAAGCAUGGGGAUGUGUUCACAGUGCUGCUAGGGGGCCGGUACUUCCACUUUGUCAUGGACCCGUUCUCCUUUGGCCCCAUCCUCAGGGAUUCACGGAGAAAACUAGACUUUGUACAAUAUGCUCAAGAACUGGUGCUAAAAGUAUUUGGAUACUCUUCAGUGAAAGAUGACAACAAUAUGGUCCAGUUAGCCAGCACCAAGCAUCUGAUGGGAGAUGGCUUAGAGGAGCUCAAUGAGGUCAUGUUAGACAGCCUGUCCUUGGUAAUGCUGAGGCCAAAAGGCCAAAGUCUGGAUGCCAGUUGCUGGUAUGAGGAUGGCCUCUUUCACUUCUGCUAUGAUAUCCUGUUCAAGGCUGGCUACUUGAGCUUAUUUGGCUACACAAAGGACAAGGAACAGGACCUGCUACAGGCAGAGGACCUAUUCACACAGUUCCGCAAGUAUGACCUCCUUUUCCCCAGGUUUGUUUACUCCCUGCUGGGGCCCCGGGAGUGGCUAGAAGUGGGCCGACUCCAGUGUUUCUUUCACAAGAAGCUCUCUGUGAAACACACCCAGGAGAAAGAAGGCCUAAGCAACUGGAUAGCCUAUAUGCUUCAAUUUCUGAGGGAGCGGGGAGUAACUCCAGAUAUGCAGGACAAGUUCAACUUCAUGAUGCUUUGGGCCUCCCAGGGAAACACAGGGCCUACCUCUUUCUGGGCCCUUUUGUUCCUCCUGAAGCACCCAGAAGCCAUGCGGGCUGUGAAGGAGGAAGCUACCCAGGUCCUGGGUAAGGUCAAGCUAGAGACCGGGCAGCGCUUCCCCUUUAAGCUGAGUGCCCUGCAAUGCACCCCAGUGCUGGACAGUGUGAUGGAGGAGACUCUGAGGCUGAGGGCUGCACCUACCCUGAUCAGGACCGUGCGCGAGGACUACAUCUUGAAGACAGCCAGUGGGAAGGAGUACCUGUUCCGCCAGGGAGACAUGAUGGCCCUCUUUCCAUACCUCUCUGUGCACAUGGACCCUGAAAUCCACCCCGAGCCCACUGCCUUCAAGUACAAUCGCUUCCUCAACCCUAACGGGAGCCGAAAAGUAGACUUCUACAAGGCAGGCAAGAAGAUUCACCACUACACCAUGCCUUGGGGCUCAGGCGUCUCCAUCUGCCCUGGGAGGUUCUUGGCUCUCAGCGAGAUGAAGCUCUUCAUCCUGCUCAUGGUCACAUUCUUUGACCUAGAGCUAGUGGAUCCUGACACACCUGUGCCCCCUGUUGACCCGCAGCGCUGGGGCUUUGGCACCACACAGCCCAGCUAUGAUGUGCACUUCCGAUACCGCCUGCAGCCUGCAGAGUGAGCUCAGCCAAGCCAGCAUGAGCCUGGCAGAGGGGCUUCUCCCUCAGGGUUCCCACCUCUUCUGCUCUCUACAGCCUCAGACUCCCUCCCCUACCCCUCUGGUACUUCAGCACCUCUUUCCUUUUCCCUGGUCAUCCUUACUCUCUCACGCCCUGGUCAUCUCACAGGCUUAUUCUCCCUUUGAAACACUAUUUCUUCUGGUUGUGUUCUGCAGAACUGUCUUCUUACAGGAAGCCCAGUGGAAGGGUGAACAUCUGUGGCCCAUUAAGUUUGGGAGAUGUUGUCUGCCUUAGGAAGUCCUGCAGUAGAAAAACAGGUUCCCAUGAGUCAUGUGGCAUCUUGCAAAUCUUACCCUCCACCCUCCCACCUUGCUUUACUUUUUUUCUACAACAUUUGUUCCAUACAUUAUGAAAUUCAGGUUCUAGAACACUGUCAUCCAAUAGAAAUAUGAGGCAAGCUACAUGUGUGAUUUUUUUUUUAUUAAAUCAUAGCUAUGUACAUUAGCAUGAUCAUGGGGCACCAUACACUUGGUUCAUAGAUCGUUUGACACAUUUUCAUCACACUAGUUAACAUAGCUUUCGUAGCAUUUUCUUAGUUAUUUUGCUAAGACCUUUACAUUCCACAUUUACUAGGAUUCACAUAUACCCUUGUAAGAUGCACCGCAGGUGUAAUCCCAUUAAUCCCCCUCCCUCCGCCUACCUCCCCCCUCCCUCCCCUCCCUUUCCCCCUUCUCCCUAUUCUUAGGUUGUAACUGGGUUAUAGCUUUCAUGUGAAGGUCCUACAUUAGUUUCAUAAUAAGGGUGAGUACAUUGGGUACUUUUUCUUCCAUUCUUGAGACACUUUACUAAGAAGAAUAUGUUCCAGCUCCAUCCAUGUAAACAUGAAAGAGGUAAAGUCUCCAUCCUUUUUUAAGGCUGCAUAAUAUUCCAUGGUGUACAUAUACCACAAUUUACAUGUGUGAUUUUUAUUUUAUUUUAUUUUAUUUUGAAACAGAGUCUCACUAUGUUGCCCUCAGUAGAGUGCUGUGACAUCACAGCUCACAGCAACCUCAAACUCUUGGGCUUGAGCGAUUCUCUUGCCUCAGCCUCCCGAGUAGCUGGGACUACAGGGGCCUGCCACAAUGCCUGACUAUUUUUGUUGUUGCUGCAGUUGUUAUUGUUGUUUUAUAAACCCAGGCCGGGUUUGAACCCUUCUGCCUUGGUGUAUGUGGCCAGCACCCUAACCACUGAGCUAUGGGCACCAAAUUUUACAAAUUUGUAAAUUUGUAAAAAUUUACAAAUUACAUGUGUAAUUUUUAAAAGACUCAUUUUUAAAUAGUAAAGAGAGAAAUAAAAUUCAUUUUAGAAUACAUUUUGCUUAAUUCAAUAGAUCCAAAAUGUGAUCAAUGUGAUCAAUGACAGUAUUAGUCAGAUAUUUUUAUGUUCCCUUUUUCAUCCUGUCUUCAAAAUCUGGUGUGUGCUGUAUCCUUGCAGCACUUCUCCAUUCAGACCAGCCACAUUGCAAAUGCUCACUGACCCCCGGGGCAAGCACCCAUCUUGGGUGACGCAGGUCUGGAGAAACACUGCCUUCACAGUGGGUGUUAUUCAAGGUCCCUCCUCAUUGCCCUCAUCUCCUCUAUGCACCCCCACCUCAUGGGGGUCUCAACCCUCCCUUGGUUUCCAUAAUCAUUGCUGGGCAUGAGCUUCCUCUCCCCCGGAGAGUCCCCCAGCUCCUCUGACUGAGCUUGAUCCAUCCUACAUGGAACUCAGCCUCUGUCUGCCUGCCUCUUCCUAGACCACUCCCUCCUCCUGACUUUCCUGCCUCUCUCUCUCAAGACAGUACAGUCCGGGCGGCGCCUGUGGCUCAGUGAGUAGGGCACCAGCCCCAUAUGCCGAGGGUGGCGGGUUCAAACCCAGCCCCGGCCAAACUGCAACAAAAAAAUAGCCGGGCGUUGUGGCGGGCGCCUGUGGUCCCAGCUGCUCGGGAGGCUGAGGCAAGAGAAUGGCAUAAGCCCAAGAGUUAGAGGUUGCUGUGACCUUUGUGAUGUCAUGGCACUCAACCCGAGGGCGGUACAGUGAGACUCUGUCUCUACAAAAAAAAAAAAAAAAGACACUACAGUCCAACAAGCCUCCAGUCCUGUCAGCAUAAUCCCCCACAAUGCCUCUGAAAUUUAUCCCCUCCUCCCCACCCCCACUGCCAUUCCUGUACCUGUGACCUGUGCAUCUCUCGCCAUACCAGGCCUGCCCAGCCCUCUGUUCCCCCUGCUGCUGGAAGCUCUUUCCAAAUGUGCCUCUGAUUGUCACUUUUUUACUUUCCUGUCUUCCCCUUGCCUUCAUACAUCUGAAAUUUAAGUUUUGCCACGGUUGGUUCCCAAAUUUCUGAAGCCAGUGCAAUUCAACUU